GGAUGAAAUGGUAAAGAGAAUGUCAGAGAGAGGAAGAAAUAGAGCGUGAGGAGGAAGCUGGCCCCGAUGCAGGGGGGCACAAACUGGGGUUCCCCUGGACUGUGACAGAAGGUUUGUGAAACCCUGGAAAUCCGCAGAGCACAGAUGACUCUAUGUGGUUCAUCCGGCUUUCAACACAUCCAUUGACCCUCCCUGCUUACAUGGAUGCACACAAGCUUCCCCGCCUUCAGGCUUGUGCAUGACGGACUCCGUGGAGACAAGCCAACGGAACGUCCCUUCCCCCGAGCCCUUGAGGCUACCGUCCCAGAGAGUUAGCCCAUCAUGAAACCCAUCAAGCAGUCUCUCCAAGUGGCGUUUCUUCUGAUUCUUCAUUACAGCCCCAUCUCUCAAGCGUGGAGUUCCACCCUGCCCAGCACAAUCCAAGCCCUCCAGGGCUCUUGUGUGGUCAUUCCAUGCUCCUUCACCUACCCAGGAUCCCGGGAUUCCUGGGGUGGAAAAUUCAGUGUCGCUUGGUACCAGUACCGCUCCAGAGGCUACCCAGAGAUCUACAACAGCAAAAGCCCGGACACGAUCUUGCCUGAGUACCAGGGACGGACGGAGGUGCUUGGAGACUUGGAGAUGGGGAACUGCACCCUCAGCAUCAAUCCAGUGCGCAGAGACGAUUCCAUGAGCUACUAUGUCUGGAUCAACCCUGAUUCCGUCAGACACCGGUUCUAUGACAUCACGGUCCAGGUGGAAGUCGUAGAUUCCCCAAGCCAACUGGAACUGAGCGACCCGGGUUUGAUGACAGAAGGCGAUCGUACCCUGGUUACUUGUUCAACCCUGCACACCUGCCCCUUGGCGCCGCCUCGCCUCACCUGGAACCUUGUGGGAGCCAAGCCGGUCACCAUCCAGGAGCGCCUCGCGGGGGGAGCCUGGCGGACAGAAUCCGGGUUUAACUACACCCCUUCCCAUAAGGAUCACGGCAAAUACCUGCAGUGCACGGCCACUUUCCCGAACCAGCAGCAGUCUCGCAAUGGGAUCUACUUGCAAGUGAAAUAUUCUCCAAAAAACGCGGCCAUCUCUGUAGUGGGAAACCCAGUCCUAAAAGAAGGGGACAGCGUCACCCUGCGUUGCAGCAGCCAAAGUAACCCUCCGCCUAUCAGCUAUCGCUGGUUCUUUGGACCCCGCAAGGCUCCACUGCGGGCAGCCGGCACUGGACCAGAAGUGAGGCUGACAAACAUCCGGAGGGACUCGGGGCCGUUCCACUGCGUUGCGGAGAAUGACGUUGGGAUGGGAGAAGAUUCGCCACCCACCUACCUUAACGUGGAGUACAAACCUGUCAUCCUCCCGGAAGGGAACUGUACCAUCUCAAGGACCGGAGAGACCAUCACCUGUUAUUGUGUAGCAGAGGGAAACCCUUUACCCAGCGUCGAGUGGCGUCUCCCGAACCACACCUUCCCUGGGGACUUCAACAGCUCCGAGCUGCAGGCGGCUUCAGCUUCUUGGGGGCAAGCGGUCAUCGGGGUGCUGAGGGGCCCCUCCUCCAGUCUGGCCAACGUCUCCUGCGUAGCCGCCAACCAGCACGGCCCCAGUCAAAUCAUGCUGCCCACCAUCCAGGCAGGAGACAUGACGCUUUUGCUCAUGGCAGGCGGAGGGGCUGUCGGAGGCCUCCUCUUCCUGACGCUGAUGGGGACUGUGGCAUACAAAAUGGUGACCAGCAGGAAAAAGGAACAGGGGCAAGAGGAGGAGGAAGAGGAGGAAGAUCCGACACUGUUUGUUACAGACGGAAACUUGGAGCAGAAGGCAUCUCUUAAAACAGAAAAACCAUCCAAAGGAAAAAAAGAGGAAGAGUAUAAUAUGUACAGCAAGUCCAAAGCACGAGGGAGCCCAACAACUGAUAACGACCUCAGCACUGAGACCUACGAGACCAUGGGGAUUUCAGAAGAUUAUGAGAAUUUACCCGCCGGGGCAUCUGCCGGCCAUUAUGGGAACCGGAGCGGCUGGCAGGCCACUUCUGGCAACGACCAGAUCUACUCCAAUGUCUGACCCAAGAAGAAGGGAAGCCAAAGGAGCAGCCCAAAUCUCUUUUUUUCCCUAUUUAACAAGUGCUUGUAUAACUAGAAGUAAAACUAGCUAGAGCAAGGAGUGUGAUCGGACAGGAGGACUGGGGAGGAGUGGUAUCCAGUAAGGAGGGCCAAGAGGACACAACUUCGUAGGGUUCCUCAACUUGCAAGGACUACCUCCAUUUCCUGGGGAGCCUUGUUAAUAAUAUAAAUCCUUGGAACUCCCUGCUCCAGGAAACAGUAUUAGCAUUAACCCCCAAGAUUUUCUGACUUCCAAGACAUGGGCAAAUAUUUAUGGCAUUACUUCUUCCUUGAGGGGGGGGGGAAUGUUUUUGAUCUUCUCCUACAUCUUCUGGCCCUCCUACGUCAAGGGUAUAGUUAGCAAUAAGUUGGGUAGCAGGGUCAUCCUGCUGAAGGAUGUGAAGAAGUGGCUGUUUUAAUCCCUUUCUACUACUUUUUUUUUCUAAGACUGUGCUCUUUCCUGCUGUGCUGAGCCCAUUGUGUCAGUGGAUUUUACUGUCAGACUUUCAAAGUAUAUGUCUCUAUUUUUGUACUUUCA